GACGUGGUACGCAGCUCAGGGCAAAGAGAAAGCGAGCGCGCAGUUCUUUCUGUACAUCAGUGGUUUUCCGCUAUCUUGACUGGUGUGUGGUGUGAUAAGGGGAUAAAGCGGAAGGGAUAUGGUGCCAUCUCACGUCCCUCCGGCUGCAGCGCUGUCAUAACGGAGUUUUCGUGCGGGCGGCUGGGGCUUGUACUCGGUCCACGGAAUAACCAGGAUUCCUGCCUUUCCCGUUUAACACGGUAGUCCGUGCAGCAGUAGCUGAGCGUCACGGGAUCAGAUGGUGGAGGCGGUGGUAGAGUUUGACUAUGAGGCUCAACAGGAGGAUGAGUUGAGUCUGCGUGUCGGUGACAUCAUCAUUAAGGUAACCAAGGAUGACGGAGGAUGGUGGAAAGGAGAGAUAGACGGACGGAGGGGGCUGUUCCCAGACAACUUUGUCAGAGAGAUGAAGAAGGAGGUGAAGAGAGCGGCGGGUCCUAAAUCUGAUUUGUCCAAUGGCAGUACAAGCCCUGUACUUGAGCCUGACCUACGACCAGCCAGGAAAGGAGAUCAGACCCACCAGAGGAGGUGUAAGGCUUCCUUCAGCUAUGCUCCCCAGAACGAGGAUGAGUUAGAGCUGAAGAUAGGAGAUGUCAUCCACAUACUGGGGGAGGUGGAGGAGGGCUGGUGGCAGGGCAGUCUGAACGGUAAGACAGGGAUGUUUCCCUCCAACUUCACCAGAGAGCUGGAGGACACGCCCCCUUCACUAGACACAUCCAUUAGGUCAUCACAAGAGGAGCUACGCAGCAACAAGACCAGUAAAGACAGUCCAGGCAGUGAGAGUGACGGAGGAGAGAGUCGCUCUGACAGUGGAGAGAUUCAACCCAAGAAGGUUCGAGGGUUUGGGUUCGGUGACAUCUUUAAAGACCAGCCCAUCAGACUGAGACCUGCAUCUGGAGACAUGGACACGGAGGGAGAGAAGACACAGGUUAGGAAAUCACCCUCUGUUUCCCUGGAAACCAUGAAGGCAGAACCUGAACGCAUGGUGAAAGGCCGUGAGCUGUGUAAGGUCAUCUUCCCGUACGACGCCCAUAACGAAGAUGAGCUGUCAAUGAAAGAGGGAGAGAUUGUCACCAUAAUCAACAGGGACUGUGCUGACACGGGGUGGUGGAUGGGGGAGAUAGGGGGGAGAAAGGGAGUCUUCCCUGAUAACUUUGUCAAGCUGUUAAUACCUGAUGUAGAGAAAGAGAGACCAAAGAAGCCGCCUCCCCCCAGCGUCCCUUCGGGUAAACACACCACAGGUAAACCUCCAUCUCCUCUCUCCACAGGUAAUCCCCCAUCUCCUCUCUCCACAGGUAAUCCCCCAUCUCCUCUCUCCACAGGUAAUCCCCCAUCUCCUCUCUCCACAGGUUAUCCCCCAUCUCCUCUCUCCACAGAUAAAAGGUCAGAGGUCAGGAAGGUACCCCCGGAGCGCCCAGAGCACAUGCCUCACAGACCACCUGACGACAACAAAGGUGAGGAGGUGAAGGUUGGAGAGAUCCCUAAGCCCGCCCUUCCAUCCAUCCCUCCAAAAAAGCCCCACCCACCAAAGACAAGCUCCUCCCACCUCCCUCCCCGAGGCCCAGACAGACCUGAGAGACCUCCUUCUGUACCGUGUGAGAGCCCUAAGUCUGAGGGUGGGGCUGUGACUCCAGAUCCUGCCUGUGACAUGUCAAAAGACAUUGAUCUAGUUUAUUUGGACUCGCUGUUCUUGUCUAGAGAGAAACUAAGCCAUCCCACCGCAAUGCAACCAAGAGUCCUCAUCCGCAGACCACGCUCCUUGAUCAUAAGCACAUCUUCUCUGUCCAGUAUUGACCUGCUGGACUCUCCUGCGGUAGAGGAGCAGAGAAGGGGGAAGGACAGAGAAAAGGAGGAGCUGCAGGACUCCUUGUGUCCUAGAACAGUAGAUGUCUCUCAGAGGAAAGCACUUCCCACCAUCACUGUACCUGACAGUAAGGGUGUGCUGCCAUCCAAGCCUGCUGUCCUUCACCCACCGUCAACAGAAAGCUUAGCCCUCCGCCCUAUAAGCCCCUCCCCUUCAUAUGCAAAACCCACCUCUUCAUGUAUAAGCCCCUCCCCUGAGCCCAGGCCGACACCCACCCUGGAGGAGCUAAGGGGACAACUGAGAGAGCUGAGAGCCUCUGUAGAACUGCUGAAGAGCCAACACAGGCAGGAGAUGAAGCAGUUGUCCAGUGACCUGGACGAGGAGAAGAGGUUCCGCCUUACUAUGCAGAUGGAGGUGGAGAAGAUUAAGAGGAGUUUAUUUAAAUGACUUUGCACCCUCCCCGGUGCAUAUUGAUGACGUCACCUCACGCUGGAGCCAGAGUGUGACAUCAGACGAACUAGUUUGUGCCAGAAAUCAACAUCAAUGACAGACGAUUCCAAUCCCCUCUCGUCUGUUUGUGUUGAAAAGGCUUGCUUAUUUUUUUUUUGUUUCCUGAUAUCUGAUUGGAGUUUUCUGGAUCAAGGGCGUAGCCUCACUAGUACUCUGUCUGACACCCCGCUACUCAAAAUACCUGGAACACUUUCACCUGCUGUUAGUCUGUGUGUGUGUGUGUCUGUGUGUGUCUGUGUGUGUGUGUGUGUGUGUGUGUGUGUGUGUGUGAGCAUACAAGGUUUCUAUGGCAACCCCGCACUGUGGCCUUCCUUCCUGUUUUAGAUGUCUUUCUUUCUGAUGACAUAAAGACAGUUUCUGGACUUCAUAUCUCCAGGAAAGUGAAACAGACUUUUAUAUUCCAGUGUUCUAAAGAUGAAGAUUAUGGAUGCGUGCCGAUUUUAAUCAAAUAAAAAGUUAUUCUGUC